ACGUAAACAUCUGACAUUUUAGGCGAUUUAUUUUAUUUGUUGCGUAAUUGAUAAUUGUAUUGGUACUAUUUUAAUUUGCGGUCAUUUACGUCGAUAGAUUGCCGGUUGUUUGCAGUUUCUACAUUUCGUAGAUAUUUACAUACAGCAAUACAAUGUUCGUCACACGCAGAGCUGGCUCUUUAAUAUGGAGUGUGGGUGCUCGUCAAAAGCACACACUGCCAGAUCUUCCGUAUGAGUACAGUGCCUUGGAACCGGUGAUUAGCCGUGAUAUCAUGAGUCUCCAUCAUAGCAAACAUCAUGCUACAUAUGUAAAUAACUUAAAUGCAGCUGAGGAGAAACUUGCUCAAGCUCAGGCCAAAGGUGACAUUCAGACAAUUAUCAACUUAGCCCCAGCUUUAAAGUUCAAUGGAGGUGGUCACAUCAACCACACAAUUUUCUGGCAGAAUCUUUCACCGAAAGGCAGUAAACCUUCCGAUGCCCUCUCCAAGGCUAUUGAGAAAGAUUUUGGGUCAUGGGAGAAUAUGAAAAAUCAAUUGGCAGCUGCUUCGGUUGGUGUACAGGGCUCAGGAUGGGGUUGGCUCGGUUACAACAAGCAGAUGAAGAAAUUGCAAAUUGCUACAUGCCAGAACCAAGAUCCUUUGGAACCAACUACAGGAAUUGUACCACUCUUUGGUAUUGAUGUUUGGGAACAUGCUUAUUAUCUACAAUACAAGAACGUAAGGGCUGACUAUGUGAAAGCAAUAUUUGAUGUCGCUAAUUGGGAAGAUGUUUCAGCGAGAUACAAUAAAGCACUUAACUAAAUGUAAUUUUAAAUAUCAGCAUUUUAUAAUGUCUUAGUUGCGUCGGCUUGAAAAGCAAAAACCAAAAAUUGGUCGCAAUUUGAUUAUAGACUGUUUCUGUUAGAUGUGAUUUAUGAUGCAUUAAUAAGUUAAACACCUAUGUAAUAAAAUAAAUAUUCGAUGAUUAA